GAGAGCUGCUUCAAGGGAGAAAGAGGGGAAGAGAAACAGAAAAGAGAAGCUCAACCCAAAAAAAGAAAAAAAGGAAAGACAGAGGCGCGUCGGAGCAAUGAAGCACACUUCCUCCGAGGCAGUACCGUCAUCCUCAUCUCCGCCGCCAUCGUCGUCGUUAUCCUCUGCCUCAUCGUCCUCUUCGUCCGUGAUAUUAUCUUCCACCGAGCAGUUGCCCCGGACGGCGGCGGCGGCCACCACCUCCGCCUCCUCCUCUUCAAUCCCCGUGGAGGACCUCGCCGUCGGCUCCACCAGGGACGGCAGCGGCGGGGCGCAGGAGACGGUCACCGUCGAUCGCCGCGGUGAGUACUCCGCCAUCUGCAGAUGGACGGUCCACAAUUUCCCCCGGGUUAAAGCUAGGGCACUGUGGAGCAAGUACUUCGAGGUCGGCGGCUACGAUUGCCGCCUGUUGAUAUACCCUAAGGGCGACUCGCAGGCCUUGCCGGGCUACAUCUCAAUCUACCUCCAAAUCAUGGACCCUAGGGGCACCUCUUCCUCCAAAUGGGACUGCUUCGCCAGCUACCGGCUGUCAAUCGUCAAUCUCGCCGACGAUUCCAAGACCAUCAAUCGUGAUUCGUGGCACCGGUUCUCCACCAAGAAGAAGUCCCACGGCUGGUGCGAUUUCACCCCUUCCUCCACCGUUUUCGAUUCCAAAUUAGGUUUCUUAUUCAAUAGCGAUUCCAUUCUCGUCACAGCCGAUAUACUAAUCCUUAAUGAGUCCAUUAAUUUUGUCCGCGAUAACAAUGACAACAACGUCCAGUCCCCUUCUUCUUCGUCCAUCAUUUCGUCCUCCGUCGUCGCCACCCCUAUAUCUGAUGUCUUGACUGGUAAAUUCACUUGGAAAGUCCAUAAUUUCAGUCUAUUUAAGGACAUGAUCAAGACGCAGAAGAUAAUGAGCCCUGUAUUCCCUGCUGGGGAGUGUAACCUCAGGAUUAGUGUCUACCAGAGCACCGUCAAUGGCCAUGAUUAUCUCUCUAUGUGUUUGGAGAGUAAGGACACUGAGAAAACAGUGGUCUCUGAUAGGAGCUGUUGGUGUUUGUUUAGGAUGUCUGUGUUGAAUCAAAAGCCUGGCUCGAAUCACAUGCACAGGGACUCCUAUGGCCGGUUUGCUGCCGAUAAUAAGAGUGGGGACAAUACCAGCUUGGGAUGGAAUGACUAUAUGAAAAUGGCCGACUUUGUUGGCCUCGAUUCCGGGUUCUUGUUGGAUGACACUGCCGUUUUCAGUACUUCAUUCCAUGUGAUUAAGGAGUUCAGUAGCUUCUCCAAGAAUGGGGGUUCUAUUGGUGGCAGGAUUGGUAAUGGUGCGAGGAAGUCUGAUGGGCAUCUGGGUAAAUUUACUUGGAGGAUUGAGAAUUUUACAAGGUUGAAGGACCUUUUGAAGAAAAGAAAGAUUACAGGCCUCUGCAUCAAGAGUCGGAGGUUUCAAAUUGGCAACCGUGAUUGUCGUCUCAUUGUUUACCCCAGAGGGCAGUCUCAACCUCCAUGUCACCUUUCGGUGUUUCUUGAGGUUACAGAUUCAAGAAAUACUUCCAGUGAAUGGAGUUGUUUUGUUAGCCAUCGUUUAUCAGUUGUGAACCAAAAGAUGGAGGAGAAAUCAGUCACCAAGGAAUCUCAGAAUCGAUACUCCAAAGCUGCAAAGGAUUGGGGUUGGCGUGAAUUUGUGACACUUACAAGUCUAUUUGACCAGGACUCUGGAUUCCUUGUUCAAGAUACUGUAGUAUUCUCUGCUGAAGUUCUCAUUUUGAAAGAGACUUCGAUAAUGCAAGAGUUCACAGACCAGGAUAUCGAGUCUCCAAGUGCUGCUUAUCAAGUUGACAAGGUUGAGAAAAAAAGUUCAUUCACGUGGAAGGUAGAGAACUUCUUGUCCUUCAAAGAGAUAAUGGAGACCCGGAAAAUUUUUAGCAAGUUUUUCCAAGCUGGUGGAUGUGAGCUUCGUAUUGGUGUGUAUGAGUCCUUUGACACCAUAUGCAUAUACUUGGAGAGUGAUCAAUCAGUCGCUAGUGAUCCAGAUAAGAACUUCUGGGUUAGAUACAGGAUGGCUGUGGUGAACCAAAAAAAUCCAUCAAAGACUGUAUGGAAGGAAUCUUCUAUUUGUACGAAGACGUGGAAUAACUCUGUUUUGCAAUUUAUGAAGGUAUCAGACAUGCUGGAAGCGGAUGCUGGUUUCCUUGUACGCGACACUGUUGUUUUUGUCUGUGAAAUUUUGGACUGCUGUCCUUGGUUUGAGUUUUCUGAUCUCGAGGUUUUGGUCUCUGAGGAUGAUCAAGAUGCUUUAACUACUGAUCCGGAUGAACUCAUUGAUUCUGAAGACAGUGAGGGCAUAAGUGGGGAUGAAGAAGACAUCUUUCGAAGUCUUCUCUCAAGGGCUGGUUUUCACCUCUCGUAUGGAGACAACCAAUCACAACCGCAAGUUACUUUAAGGGAAAAGCUCUUAAUGGAUGCCGGUGCAAUUGCUGGUUUUCUCACUGGAUUACGUGUAUAUCUUGAUGACCCUGCUAAAGUGAAGCGAUUACUUCUUCCUACCAAGAUUUCUGGUGGCAAUGAUGGAAAGAAGGCCACAAAGGCCGAUGAAUCUUCUCCUAGCUUGAUGAAUUUAUUAAUGGGAGUUAAAGUUCUGCAGCAAGCAAUAAUAGACUUACUCUUAGAUAUUAUGGUAGAAUGCUGUCAACCCUCCGAGGGAAGUGUCAGUGAUGAUGGACCUGAGGUAAACUCUAAGCCUUCUCUUGAUGACAGUGGUACAGCUAUCCUGCUGGAAUGUGAUAGGGAAGGUGGGGCUGUAGAAUCUGCCCAGUUUCCUGUACACGAGAGAUUAGAUUCUGGAGUUGAUGACACUAUCAGUACAUCUGCUGUUCAAAGCUCUGACACUAGUAGUGGUGUUGCUGCUGUAAGCAAGGCUAUUCCAGGACAGCCUAUUUCUCCGCCAGUAACAACAGCAGGAAGUGCUAUAGAAAGUGCUUCUUUACGGUCCAAGGCCAAGUGGCCAGAGCAAUCUGAGGAGCUAUUGGGAUUAAUCGUAAAUUCCCUAAGAGCCCUAGAUGGUGCUGUCCCUCAAGGCUGUCCUGAGCCACGAAGGAGGCCUCAGUCAGCACAGAAGAUUGCUCUAGUUUUGGAUAAAGCUCCAAAGCACCUACAGCCAGAUCUAGUGGCUUUAGUACCAAAGUUGGUUGAGCAUUCAGAACACCCAUUGGCUGCCUCUGUGCUCAUUGAAAGACUUCAAAAGCCUGACGCGGAACCUGCACUCCGUGUGCCUGUUUUUGGUGCUCUUACUGAACUGGAAUGUGGCAGUGAUGUAUGGGAACGGGUACUAUCACAGUCGUUUGAACUGUUAGCUGAUGCAAAUGACGAGUCUCUUGCUGCAACUAUAGAUUUUAUAUUCAAAGCUGCAUCUCAGUGCCAACAUCUCCCUGAAGCAGUAAGAUCUGUUCGUAUGAGGCUCAAGGGUUUGGGCCCUGAGGUUGCCCUUUGCGUCCUUGAACUUUUGAGUAGAACUGUAAAUAGUUGGGGAGAUGUCGCAGAAACUAUACUUCGAGAUAUAGAUUCUGAUGAUAACCUUGGGAGUGAUGGUGUAACAUCAUCAUGCGGGCUUUUCUUGUUUGGUGAAAGUGGUCCCAUUUCUGAAAGGUUGCAGAUGAUAGACGAGCAGGCCUUUGCUGCUGGUCGUCAUUUUUCUGAUAUCUACCUUCUCAUUGAGAUGCUGUCUAUACCUUGCCUUGCUGUUGAAGCUUCUCAGACAUUUGAGAGAGCUGUAGCUCGAGGAGCAAUUGUUGCUCAGAGUGUGGCUAUGGUCUUAGAGAGGCGACUCACUCAGAGGCUUAAUUUCACUGCUCAAUUUGCAGCUGAAAGCUUCCAGCACUCUGAGGCUGCUGUAUUAGGAGGAGAAGCCAGUGAACAGCUUAGAGUCCAGCGUGAUGAUUUCAAUGUUGUUCUUGGUCUUGCUGAGACGUUGGCCCUUUCAAGUGAUCUCCGCAUUAAGGGUUUUGUGAAGAUUCUUUACACAAUAUUGUUCAAGUGGUAUGUGGACGAGUCUUAUCGAGGGAGAAUGCUUAAGAGACUAGUAGAUCGUGCUACCAGUACAUCAGACAAUAGCCGAGAUGUAGAUCUAGACUUGGAUGUGUUGGUUAUCUUAGUUUGUGAAGAUCAAGAAAUUGUGAAGCCCGUUCUAGGGAUGAUGCGGGAGGUUGCUGAACUUGCAAAUGUGGAUCGAGCUGCCCUUUGGCACCAAUUAUGUGCCAGUGAAGAUGAAAUCAUUCGGUUGAGAGAAGAGAGGAAGACAGAAAUAGGUAAUAUGGUUCGGGAGAAGACGGGGCUUUCCCAUAAAUUGAGCGAGGCAGAGGCAACUAGCAAUAGACUCAAGUCUGAGAUGAGGGCUGAGCUGGAUCGUUUUGGGAGGGAAAAGAAGGAGCUUUCUGAACAAAUACAAGAAGUUGAAAGUCAACUCGAGUGGAUACGAUCUGAGCGUGAUGACGAAAUUAGAAAGCUGACAUCGGAGAAGAAAUCUCUUCAGGAUCGUCUCCAUGAUGCUGAGUCUCAACUCUCCCAGUUGAAGUCCCGAAAAAGGGAUGAACUGAAGAGAGUAGUGAAAGAGAAAAAUGCUCUUGCUGAAAGACUGAAAAGUGCUGAAGCUGCACGGAAAAGGUUCGAUGAAGAACUGAAAAGAUAUGCCACUGAGAAUGUCACUCGGGAGGAAAUCCGUCAUUCCUUGGAGGAUGAAAUCCGAAGACUGACACAAACAGUUGGACAAACGGAAGGAGAAAAGAGGGAGAAAGAGGAGCAGGUCGCUCGAUGUGAGGCAUACAUCGAUGGGAUGGAAUCCAAGUUGCAGGCAUGCCAGCAAUACAUCCACACCCUCGAGGCUUCGCUACAGGAAGAAAUGUCGAGACACGCCCCUCUGUAUGGUGCAGGUUUGGAAGCUCUAUCGAUGAAGGAGCUGGAGACUCUCGCACGUAUCCACGAAGAAGGCCUGAGGCAGAUUCACAGCCUCCAGCAACAACGCAAGGGCAGCCCCGUAGCCAGUCCACUCGUGAGCCCACAUACGAUCCCUCACAGUCACGGUUUAUUCCCGGCUGCCCCGCCUCCCAUGGCCGUCGGAUUGCCGCCUUCACUCAUCCCGAACGGGGUUGGCAUCCACGGGAAUGGACACGUGAACGGCGGAGUCGGACCCUGGUACAACCACAGUUGAUGGGGAUGGAAAGGCAAAAUAUGUUCGUUGCCUGAUUGAGGGAGAAGAACUGAGAGAUUCAAGAUUCAUUCUGCAGCUGCUGGGUGAUAGAUGUCUCGGUGGGGAAGGAAUGUUGAGCUAUUAUGGAGUUCCUUCCCAAUCUUUUUUUGUUUUGUUUGGCAAUUCUACACUGUUAGGGACGUUUUGGAGAUGACAAGGGGAGAUGAGAAAAUAAUACAAUACGAAAGAAGAAAAGCAUAGAGAAGGGAGAAGAGCUCGAAAGAAGGAGCAUUCGACGAAGCUUCUUUUUCUGGUAUUUUGAUCGUUUAUUUACCUGUAAUGUUGUUCUCUAUCAAUACAAGCUCAGCUCACUGGCAGAUCUCUUUGCAUCAAGAGAUGGUAAGUUCAAUUGCUUAUUUGAUGGUUGGUUGAGAAUAUAGUGUUUGUACUAACCUCAUCAUCAAGAAGCAACAUGUUAAGGUACUGAAUCUCAACAUUUCCAGCAAUAACUGUUGGCCAGAAUCGAACAACCCUCACACCAACAGACCUAAUCUGUUCAUAUGAUACUGUUAGUUCUCUUGGCUUGGAAUUAAUUAAUAUUUAUUUAUGUAUUCAUACUGAAGAAGGAAUACAAAAUUAAAGGGCGAUAUUAUUUUGAUAAGAUUUGGCAUG